AUGGAAGAGGACGAAAAUGGUGUUGAAGUUUUUAUUGAAGAAUCAACUCUGGAGAUUGUUGAUAACGGAGAAGACACAGAUUGGAGGUUUGAAUUAAAAUUCUUAUGUAAUGAAGAAGUCAUCUCUAAACUAACUAAUUCAAAAGGAAAACUUAUAAGAAAACGCAUCGAACAGAAAAGAAAUGUUAAUAUAAAGGUAGAAAGUUGUUCAGUUACAAUCAAAGGAAAUGCAGAAACUGAUAUAACAUUAGCCGAAAAAGAAAUUAGAAAGACUGGUAGCAAAAGUCAAAAGCCACAACUUACACAUUUUCUUUCAAUUCCUUUCAAUAAUGAAGAAAUCAAAAAUAAUCACAUAAAAUUUAAGGAUGAAAUUCUUGAAACUGAUUGUGCAAUUCAUAAACUAGAUGCGUCAUUUUUUUACAAGCCGGAAAAACUUCAUCUGACGCUUGUUAUGUUGACAUUAGAAAACGAAGAAAAAGUCGAGGAUGCCAACAAAUGUCUGAUUGAAUGUAAGGAAAAGAUUAUCGAUCCAAUCCUUAAUGAAGAGACAUUGUCAGUUACAUUAUCAGGUGUCAAUAUUAUGAAUAACAAACCAUCAUCAACACGAAUUCUCUUUGGUGUAGUUGAAAAUGAAAAACUCCAACAAAUCGCUAAUGAAAUUGCGCAAUUUUUCUCUGAACGUGGAUUUAUAAAACUUGACCGCCCUCAAGUUAAGCUUCAUGUCACACUCAUCAAUACAUCGAAAGCUAAAAGAAAAAGGGCUUUUAAUGCAACAGAAAUAAUUGAAAAGUACAAAGACUUUCAUUUCGGAACACAUGAAAUAAAACAAAUUCAUAUUAGCAAGUUACUAGGAAAAUCUGACGAUGGUUAUUACGAGUCUGCUGGUCGGCUGGAAUUUUAA